GACAGACUCGAUAUUACAAUCUUCCAGACACUUUGGAAAUUAAAUCAAUAUUUGAUGUCUACGAAUUUCCUCGCCAUUCAAAACAUUCAUAUUCAAAAUUUUACAUUUCCGUCUUUUGACCGGCAGUGUCAAAUGCUUAAGCGCAGUCUCCAACCAAUGUUAAGCCUGGUGCCCUGUUAACUGUAACAGUGACGCCCACGCCGACGUCGACGUCAAUGAGAGGCGAACGGUAUUUUUGGAAAGCCAUUGAGAGCGAACACGUUUCAAUGUAGUUGUAGCGUAGUAACCGUUCGAGAGAGAGUGAGCGCUAGAGCUUUAAGGACAAUGACGUCAACAGUGCGUGCCUGUGCACCCACACAUUGCAGGUCCGGAAAGAGUUCAAUAGUGAUCUAAUGAAUAACAACAAUGGAGAGUGACAAUGCCACCAAGUAGCGUUGCCAGUGGAUACGCUUGGGUUGUUAGGUCAAUAAAGACAGACAAAAUACAGCAGGCCACUGAAGAGAUAGGUAUUGCACUGAGAAAUACUAAUAAUGCCACUGCUGGAGGCACCUGCGGACUACCUGGAGUCCUCUCCGGAUCACUCGCUCCAGGCGGAACUGCCCAUCCUUCUGGCACCGCCGGGUCCGGCCGCCUUGGCCCAGGUCCGGAUGCCUCCGCCCGAGGUGCGGCUCAAUCAUCAGAAUCCCGCCCAGCAGCAGCAGCGGAUGCAGUUCAACCGCCGCCAACUGGGUCGCCGGAACUCCUUCGAUCGGGAUGUGGCCAUUGCCGAGGAGGAACAACACCUUCCGGCCUUCGUCCACCUGCUGCCCGUGGUGCUGCCGCAACAGGGUCCGGAACCGACACUGGAUGAGCUACUGCGCCGAGUGACGCAACGCACGGAUCUGGAGGCGGUGGAGCAAGUGCGCCUGCGCGUGAUCUCCUACACAGUCAGCCUGUCCCGCCUGUCGCUCUUCCUGCCGCGCCUCCAAUCCCUCGACCUGAGUGGCAGUGUGCUGAGCUCCCUGCGCGACCUGGGCUACGGACUCCUCCAGCUAUCCAGGCUGGACAUCAGCAACUGCGGCCUGAAUAGCUUCGACGGCACCAGUGGAUUGCCGGCCAUCCGGGUGCUAAUCGCUGAUGGAAACAUGAUCCAGCGGGUGGAUCCGCUGGCCGAACUGGUCCACCUGCGCGUUCUCAAGGCAAGGAACAACCGGAUCAGUGAGCUGGGCCUGCUCUCCUUCCUGGGAAUGUGCCCGCAGCUGCAGGAGGUGGAGUUGCAGGGCAAUCCCGUGUGUCGUUUGCCGCUCUACCGCUCGCUCCUGGCGCGCAGUGUGCCCACGCUGCAACUGUUGGAUGGACGGGUGUUGAACGGUGAGCCUGCUCCUGUGGAGAUGGAGGAGGCCACAUCCCCGGCAUCAAGUGAUCUGGAGUCUGGCUCCGAGACGACUGCACAACGGCCGAACACGGCACCUGCACCGGAACCCGUUCAUAUCGCCAUAAAUGCCGCCAUCCGGCGCCAAGUCUCGGCCAGCUCCGCCUCCACUCCAGUGGCAGGAUCGGUUUUGGGCCUAGUGCGCCAGCGGCGGAGGCGCAGUGGCCACGCCUGGGUCAGUUCCUCCUCCUCCAGCGGAUCGUCUUCCGCCUCCUCGGCCCGAUCCACCCGGGCGCCAUCCAUGAGCUCCUGCUCGUCCAACAGCAGCCUCGACGUCCAAUCAUCGUCCCAUUAUGUCUUCAGCACACAGUCCACGCUGGAAUAGACCACACUGCAAAAAAAGUUCAUAUUUUAUACACAAUAUUACAGAUGAUCUGCAUCGGGAUUCAAAAUCCUGACUGUUAA